UAAACAUCUGCCUCCUCUCCUUGUCCCUCUGUCUCUCUCAAACUCCAUUCUUUGAAAAGAAAUUGCAGAGAAGAGAAAGCAAAACAUUGUCACUUAUCACCAUCUCAAUAAUUCUCCCUUAUUUUCUUCCUGAUAUUGAAACGGAGCCGGAAUGCCAGCAAACAUCAGACCCUUGUUCAAAAUAUUAGCUUUCCUUGCCGCCGUUUUCCCGCCUGCAAACGCCGCCGGAAUCACAGGGACGAUUCUCACUCUAGAGAGAGCUUUUCCGGCGAACCAUAAUGUGGGUCUUGAGAAACUUAUAGCUCGAGACCAAGCAAGACAUGCCCGAAUCUUACAAGGAGUUUCCGGUGGCAUUGUUGAUUUCUCUGUUACUGGAAACUCCGAUCCCAAUCUAGCUGGGCUUUACCUAACAAAAGUUAAACUGGGCUCUCCACCAAGAGAAUUCAACGUACAAAUUGAUACUGGAAGUGAUGUUUUGUGGGUUAAUUGUAACUCUUGCAGUGACUGCCCUAGUUCAACCCAAUUGGGUAUCGAGCUUAACCUCUUUAAUCCUGCCAAUUCAUACACUUCUUCAUUGAUUUCUUGUUCGGAUACAUUAUGUUCUUCAAUGGUUCAUACAACCGCAGCUCAAUGCUUUACUGAGAGUAAUCAAUGUGGGUAUUCUUUUCGCUAUGGAGAUGGAAGUGGAACAUCAGGCUUCUAUUUACAAGAUUUGCUCUAUUUCGAUACAAUUAUGGGAACUUCUUUGAUGGAAAACUCAUCUGCUCCAAUUAUUUUCGGGUGUAGCACAUCUGUUUCGGGGGAUUUAACUAAGGAAGAUCGAGCUAUUGAUGGGAUUUUUGGAUUUGGUCAACAGGAUCUAUCUGUCAUGACACAAUUAUCAUCUCGAGGGAUUACUCCUAGAAUUUUCUCUCAUUGUUUGAGAGGAGAAGGUGAUGGUGGUGGCAUUCUAGUUCUCGGUGAAAUUCUUGACUCAAGGAUUGUGUAUACUCCUCUCGUGCCAUCACAGCCUCACUAUAAUUUGUAUCUCGAAAGCAUAAGCAUCAAUGGUCAACCAUUACCCAUCGAUCAAGCUGUCUUUGAGACAUCAUAUGAUCGAGGAACCAUUGUAGAUUCUGGAACAACAUUGUCAUAUCUUGUGGCAGAGGCGUAUGAUCUCUUUAUAAGUGCAGUAAACGAUGUAAUUUCACAAUAUGCUACGCUGGUUAUCUCGAAAGGAAACCAGUGUUAUAAAUUAUCGGACAGUGGAAUUGACAUGUUUCCUCGAGUUGCUUUCAACUUUGCUGGUGGUGUGUCCAUGGUUUUGACGCCAAAAGACUACCUUCUGAAUUACGGUCCCAUUGAUGGCGUUCCAUCGAUGUGUAUUGGGUUUCAGAAGGCUCAGGGUCAAGAUAUAACGAUUUUAGGAGAUCUUGUGUUGAAAGAUAAGAUCAUUGUCUAUGAUUUGGCUAGACAGCAACUUGGUUGGGCCGAUUAUGACUGCUCUAUGUCGGUUAAUGUCUCGAUAACUUCUGGGAAAGAUGAAUUCGUUAGUGCCGGGGAGCUGACUGUAAACGCUUCUUCGCCAGGAAAGAUCAAAACUUGGAUCAUUUCUUUCAUCAUGCAAGCUAUACUCAUAUUUGCUUCUACUGUUAAAUAAAAAGAGCUAUGAUUUUUAUUAA